CUUCUUCAAGAAUCACUCCUCCCGUACACAGUGGUGUAGUCGAAUUCAGGUCUGAUAAACGACUUGCGUAUGCCCAGCUAGUCUAUAUCGCUAUAACUAUAGCUUUGCCAAUUGGCCUACCGCGUCUGUCGAAACCACCGCGAAGCAGCGCGAAUCUCAACACUUCGAACAGCUUCAAUCUAUCCAUAACCAUCACCGCCAAACAAGAUGGCACCACCUACAGGCAAGCGUGUCAAGGGCGUUCAAAUAUUUCGACCCUUCGUUUACGGAACAACAGCACGGCCCUUCGACGAAAAGACCAACCCCAAACCGCCCGGCGUUCCAGAUGAUCACACGCACUCCUGGACCGUUUUCAUCAAGGGCAUCGACGAUGUGGACAUUACGUACUGGCUUCGGCGCGUUCAGUUUAAGCUUCACGAGUCCAUUCCAAACCAUGUUCGAAUGGUAGAAGGGGUCAAAGGCCAACCCUUCCAAAUACACGAGACCGGCUGGGGUGAGUUCGAAAUCACCAUGAAGCUGUACUACGUCCCCGAAUCCUCCGAGAAGCCUC